AUGGCUUCCAGCUCAGGUAAGAAUUCCGAAUACUGUAAAAAUUAUAGAAUUCGAAAGAAAAAAGGAUCUAAUGUUUUGGAAAGUAUUACUAAGAAAGCUCAUAUUGAUCGUAUUGUGCAAGAUGCUCUUGCGCUUGAAAACCCUGUGCCUGUGUUCACACCUACUUCUGAUCUGUCUUCCAGUUUUGACCCUUGUGAGCUUCAUGAGAUUCCUCAUAGUAUUAUAGCGUCCCCAGCUGAGUCUCUACCUGAUUUGUGCUCUCAUCUCAUCCACAGCACAAGAGAGUCUCUCACUGAAUGCCCUUCUCCAGAAUUCAAGGAAUUCCCUCAUGAUUCUAUUAAUCAUGAUCACAAGAGCUCAACGGAUGAGGAACCAGAAAUCUUUAAAGAUUACCAGAAAAGACACAAGAUUCCGGAUCUUCCUCCAAAUGACAUUUCUGCAUGUUCACUGCAGUUUUCAUCCGGUUUGAUGGUAUCAGAAAAAAAUAGACAUGAACCACCUUUGAUUGCGAGCACCCCCAAACAUCCAACUUUGCCUGAUACACAUGAGAUCAAAAUUCUAUUCAAAGAGCUGAUAAAAGUAUAUGAAACAAGUAACCAACGGAUGAAAAACGUGGAACAGCAACUGAUAGGAAUAAAAAUGGAAAUGUCUGAAUUAAAAAAAAUUUGUGGAGAAGGAAAAAAUGAAAUAGUGCAACAGAUCCAGUUACCCAAUGUUGAAAAUCUCCCACUUGACUCUGAUCCAGCUGUUAUGGUCUUCAAUAAUAAAUUGCGAGAGGACAAGCAACUGCAAUCAGGAUACGUUCGCUUCUUAUAUAGUUCAUGUGCAGCAAGAAAUAUAUCAACAUUUAUGACUACAUGCUUAAGAAAAUUAAUGACACAUAAUGUGGCUAUCCUGUACAGCAGGUUAGGGAGAAAAGGGAAAAAAAGCUUCAUGAGCCUUACAUCUCUCUAUGACACCAUAAUAGGUGCUGCCACUAUGAAAUUCCCAAGUGCCACUCCUGAAGAGUUAUCCGAAAAAUUGGGCAAGUCUUUGGCCUUGUCUGGUGACUGGGAUGGCAGAAGAAAAAGUAAGCCUGCAGAAAAUGAACAAGAAAAAAAUCAUGACGAGGAGAGCCAGUCAAUUUUGUAUCAGGAACGCUUAUAA